ACAAACCAAUAGACACAUAGAUAAUUUUAAAAAUAAAACGACCGGCCAUUAAAGCCCAGUGCCAGACAUAAUUUUAUUAUUGUAUAUUAUGAGUAUACCCAAACCUAAACCCAGCAAAUAUAGGUAUUAUAUUGUAUGUAAAAUAUAUUUCGCAUUGGUAUUCUACACAUAAAUAUAAAGCCAGUGCCAGUGUAUAUUUAUUUAGUACUCUCUACACAUAAAGACAUUUCCACGUGUGCAAACAGUCUACAGGAUAAAUUGACAGCAUAAAUAAUUUAAAUUAAAUAAGCGAGGCGGUAUUUUAAAAAAUUUUCAAUUGCCGCGAACUUGAUAAUUCAAAAAUUUGAUUUAAAUUUAAAUAAUGACGGGACUUAGUAGGAGUGAAGUGAGAUUUUAUUUUGCUGCCUGGACAUGUGGGGUUUUGUAUUCGUUGUAUCAUGUCUAUCUAUCAGGAACAUAUUUUAAUAAGAUACGUAACUACGAAGAUUUUGCUAUAGGAUGGAGUUGGCUAGGAAGGAAACAAGACAUUUCUGAUGGAGAAUGGUGGUCAUUUAUCCCGUUGUUAAAAAAAAUUAUGCCUUGGGUUGCAGUACAAUUGCUGAUAAGUCAUAUUAUUAAAUAUAAGAAGCUCAGUAGCACGGUGUCAUGUUGCUGGUACAUUUUGGUGAGUCUAGGAUUUUUAUGGACGUACAUUGGGACGUCUGGAACUAUUUUUAUGAUGAUACAGCCGUGCAUCGUUUGUCUGCUGAUAUCAAUACGUAAUCUACCUCUUAUUUAUUUCGUCGAACUGGGACUUCUCUAUGUGUACCAGUACGACCCGCUAAUGAACCUGGUAUGGAACAACUGGCUCCAGGUGGAUAAUGAGUGGGAAUAUAUACUAACAGUUACUAUUUUUUGGGUCCAACUCCGCAGCAUCAGUUGUGCUGUUGACAACAUCACCGGGUACAGGCACAGAAACCUGGGGGGAUUUUUUAGAAAUUUUAUUGAGACUACGGCUUACUGCUUGUAUUUGCCAACUCUCUGCACGGGCCCAUUUUUCCUGUACUCGGACUUCCGCAAGGGCAUCUAUGGACCCAAUGACACGUGGACGUUGCGCCGAGUGGGAAAUACUUGUUUUAAUUUACUGAGAUUUAUAUUCUGGUUGCUUUUUACAGAACUCGCGAUGCAUUUUGUGUAUACCAGUGCUUUUAAAAGCUACCCGCGGGAAGUCGGGUCGUUUAAUUCCUGGGCAUUCUAUGGGUUCGGUUACUCAAUGGGCCAGUACUUUUGUAAUAAGUAUAUUGUUGUUUAUGGACUCGCUGGUGAAAUGAGUCGUGCUGAUGAUAUCAACGCACCGCCACCGCCUAAAUGUAUAGGGAGAGUACAUUUGUACUCCGAAAUGUGGAAACAUUUUGACCGCGGACUCUACUAUUUUCUUGUCAAGUACAUCUACGGACCGAUUGCUAAAUUUAAUUUCCCUCUGAAAAAAUUUUUCGCCUCCUUGCUGACAUUCUCGUUUAUUUACUUCUGGCACGGACUGUCUAAAUACGUAUUUGUUUGGUCGCUUUUAAAUUUCAUCGGAAUAACUGUUGAAAGUAUCACUCGUUAUAUUGGAAAUACUUGGUUCUAUAGUUAUUAUAUAAAUAAAUAUAUGUCACCGGAAAACGCUCGGAGAUUCCACUGUCUGAUUGCUACUCCGUUGCUUUCAAUGUCUGCGGUAUCAAAUUUUUAUUUUUUUAGCGGUAUGACUAUCGGCAAUUUAUUUGCUCUACGAUUAUUUCAAGAUUCAUGGAUAACUAUUUUCACUAGAACAUUCUUCCUCUACUGUUGCUGUCAAGUUUCAACAGAAGUUAAAAUUUUAGAAAAUUUAAAUAAAAAUAAAAAAAAGUUGAUUCCAUAGCGACCGCUAUCUAUUCAAUUUUUAGCUCAAUUACUUUUAUAAAAAAAAAAAGAAACAUCACAAGUGCCAAAUUAUAAAUUUAGUGAAUUGAAAUUAAAUAUGGCCUUUGAAUUUAUUUUAGUUAUCAGACUAUUAGAUAUAUAUAUAUAUAUAUAUAAAUAUAUACAUUUAUUUAUAUAUAAGUGAAAUAAACAAUCAAAAUAUUAAAAAUAAUUAUGUAAAAAUAUUUACACAUCUAUAAAAAAAUGUAUUUUUCAAUAAUAAUAAUAUUAAUUAAGGAUAUGAAUGUUCACGAUCAUUCGAUUUAAAUGACUUUUGCUGCAAUUUUUUGUUGAAGUAGAUCUCAAAGACGGUAAUCGAAGAAGAGAUAAUGGACAGAGAAGGCUGCCCUAGGUCGUGCUUAAC